AUGAAGCACAGCAGGGGGGGGCAGCUAAACGAGUGCCAGCCGAACGAGUGUCAGCCGAAUGAGUGUCAACCGAACGAGUGUCAGCCGAAUGAGUUCCAGCCGAACGAGUGCCAGCCGAACGAGCGCCAGUCGAACGAGUGCCAGCCGAACGAAAGGGCCAACACGCUGAGGAGGAGUAAGUACCACUUGAGAGGCAAAAAAAACGAUGCAGGCAAAAACAUACAGGAAGAAGAAUCGGAUGGAAACUCCAACGAUGUAAGUGACUCCUCACUGUCCUGCUCGUCCAAAUAUAUGACGAGGGAAGAAAAUGUAGAGGAAUCGGGAAUCAUCCACGAUUUGCGAAACGGUCAGCUGAAUCGAGACAGACUUAACUAUGAGGGAAAAACAACAGGGGUAGAUCUCCCUAAUGAUGAAAUGAACUACCAAAGGUACGCGCCCCACUCUGUGAACAAAGCAUUCACGAAGCAGACCCUGGUAUAUGACCACUACAAAAAAAAGGACAUCCUCCUCAGCCUAUGGUGGAAAAACAUGAUAGAUCUCUAUUCAGAUAUUUUAAUAACCAACGUAUACAGCAACGUAAGCAAUAUCGAUGUGCUAAAUAUGAAUCGAAAGGUGAGGGAGAAAAACUACCAAUACUUAAACGAAGGUAUUGUCCUCUUUCACAACUCCAGUAGGAGAGAAAAUUACAAAAUGAGCAUACUACGAGUGGUCACAAAGGAACAAGUAAACAAAAAAAACGAAAAAGAAAUUUUUUACUCAUCAUCUAUCAAAGAUAACACCAUCGAUGAUUCUUUUAAAAAAUACUAUAAAAAUAAAUAUAAGCAUAUCCCAGUUAUUAAGAGGUACAACUGUUUGGACCUUCCAUACUACUGCACGAAUUCGAGCAUCCUGUACUGCGGUAGGGAUGUGAUGAACAACCAGGUGGAGACCAACUGGGGGGGAGACGCAGGAAAUGUGAUUAUAGCAAGUAAGUCCAUACGGGGAAAUAUAUUUCUCUACAAUCUUGGAAAAACCAUCGAUCGGAUUAACAGGAUGGAAGAUGAUGAGGCUGUGGAUAGGAGAUUGAGUGAUGAUGCGGUUGGGAGUGCUGUGCCAGGUGAAAUAGACUACCACAGUAACGCUUCCCAGGGGGGGGGAGGAUGUUCUGAUAGUGGAAGUAGCAGCGAUAGUAGCCUAGUGGAGGAGGAGGAAGAAGAAGGAGCAGAGGAAUACGAGGAGGAAGGGAGAGGACAACAGUGGAACGCCCAACGGAGACAUAAGGAAGGAAAAACCAUCCCAAGUCGCUUCAAAAAAAAAGCAGAAAUUGUAAAUAGCAAAAAUGGAUACCCCAAUAAUUGGGGUAACCAUCAAAGUAGGAAAAAUAAAUCAUCCGAGAGUUAUAAAAAAAAAAUAAAGGACAGAAAAAUAUGUGAUGGGGAAUUACUACUCGAACUGGUUGGACAUAACAAAACAGGAAAGGGACUCUUCUUUAAAAAUAAUUACCUCCUCAGCAAUGGGGAUGAUAAAAAUAUAUUCAUCUACGACAUUAAUGGUGGAACUAUGCCAAGUAGCGAAAAUAAAUAUGAAAACGAUCACGUUAAUGUAUCUAAAAUGAAUCCGUACAUUUCGAUUAAGACCAAUGAGCUGUAUAGCAAUGUGAGGUGGCUGUAUGAUUCGCUAGUUAUAGGUUCUACGUACAGUGGCUACUUCUCCCUGUUUGAUAUCAGGAUGAAGAAUAAGAGCGUGCAGGGUGGCUACAACGAGGAUGCGCUGGGCGGAGCCGGAUUUGGCAGUGUCAGCAGCGUCAGCGAUAGUAGCAACGGGAGCGGAGGAGGCGGAGGAGGCGGAGGAAACGGACCAGGUGCACACUUCCGACGAGGUGUUCACACACACAGCAACGUGAAUGUCCACUCUGUGCACAAGAAAAUAACCAAGUAUGAAAUUUCAGACAUAGAUAAGUAUAACAACGAUGACAACAACCUGAUAUGUAUGAGUUCGUUAAACAACAUAUUCAUUUUUGACUUGAGAUUUAUUAAUAAUAAUUUACCUUACAAAAUUAUUCACGACAAUUCGUACAAUAACUAUAGCAUUAACGAGUCAUACUUUGAGCCGUACCAAACAUCUGCACAAAAUGGAGAGUACAGCAGUACCACUAAUGUCAAUUACUUUUAUGACCAUUCAUACAAUAAUUAUUACAACGAAGACUUUUUCAACUCCGAUACCUUUAUCCAUUCUCUUUUUUGGUGUAACAUUGAAGGAUUUAAUUAUAUCGGCUCCCUAAAUAACAAGGGCAUUAUAAACGUAUUCGACGUGAACAAGAGCAAGCAUCAUUGUGUGUUCACAUAUGGGUGCAAGUAUAUCAAGCUGUUUAAAUUCAACCCAUUCAAAAUAAAUAACUUUGUCUCUGUGGAUAAGAAUAACAUCCUCAUCCUGUUCACUCUCCCCGAUCAGAUAUAUAAGAGCGACUUGGACUUGUACCUGCAGGAUAACUUCCGCGAGGA